UUCUCUUUUUAGGCGACGUCAGACGAGGCGUCGAAUCAGGAAGAACGUCGUGAGGCAUCCAAUGAUUGGCUGAGCCCGAGCAGCCAGUAAGAGGAAGGGAUGCUGGAGAGUGCGCAAGAGAGAGAGAGACAGCGGCUGCUGAAAGGAGGCAGUGAGGCGCAACGUAUUGAAUGUUCUACCAUAAUGGCAGAGGAUGUUCAGUCUCCAGUGUUAUUCCAGCACCAGUACAUGUGUUCUGAAUGCGGCAUUCUGUACAACACACUGGAAGAUGUACUGCUUCAUCAACAGAGCCAUAUUGGAGGGGGUGCGCAAGCUGCUUUAUCCCAGGAUGUGUCACUGGAGAUUGGUGAGCUUCAGAGUUUGGUACAAGACGGCCAAUAUCAGUGUUUGGAAUGUGGUCAAGUUCUUCUGACUCCCGAUGAGCUUUUACUUCACCAAGAAACACACAUGAGGGAAAUUCCGCAAUCCACAGAAACCAGCCAGAUACAUUAUCAGUGUUGCGAGUGCAAGGAACUCUUUACUUCCCCUGAACUCUGGCUAGCUCACCGUCUGAAGCACGAAAAGCAGUCAGAGGAGUCUCCGCAGAGUGUGGUCCUACAAACUAGUUCUGGUAUCCAGGCCCUUCUUAGUCUCCAGAAUGUACUGCUAGAUGAGAGGGCCCUAAAUGGCUGGGGGAUGGAGGUUCCAGCUACUUUGGCAAGCACAGGGGAGUCCCUUACAACAUGUCCACCAACUUCAUCUGAAACCAUAACAGUGCAAGAUGAGGUUAUACAACUCCCAGAGAUGCACCCAUAUGAAUGUUCUGAGUGCAGUCUGGUUUUUCACACUCCUGAGGAAUUCCUUGAUCACCAGGGAAGGCACUUCAUGGUGUCCGAGAAAGAGUGUGCAACAUCACCUUCAUGUGAAAGUGUGGAAAAUGGUGCACCCUCGCCUGCUAUUCUUGAAAGAUUACGCAAAGAUUGGUUGCAGGAGGAAAAAGAAAUGGUGCCUGCAGAGGAUUUAGGAACCACACAUCGUGUAUAUCGAUGUCAAGAGUGCAAGAAAGAGUACACCACUUCAGAGGAGCUGCGGAAACAUCGCAAGGAUCACCAGUCGGAGGAAUACCCUUGCCCAGAUUGUGACCGUCUCUUUAGCUCUGCCAACCGACUGCAGUCGCAUCGUCGUGUUCAUGUUGAAGGAACUCUUCAAUGCCCAAACUGCUACAAAGUGUUUAAGAAAGAGGCAUCACUAGAGCAGCACAUGCGACUGCAUCGGGGAGAGGCCUUGUAUUUGUGUGUAGACUGUGGCCUGGGUUUUGGCACAGAAAUCACUCUUGUAUUGCACCGGAAAAGCCAUACUACAGAUCCCCUCCAUCGCUGCCACUGUGGCAGAACAUUCAGCAACAUGACAAAGUUUUUAUACCACCGAAGAACUCAUGCUGGAAAAAGUGGAGUGCCAACUCCCAAAACUGAAAAACCCAUUGCUACAGAGGUGCCAGCCCCCCCCUCUUUGGCAGAACAGCCUGCGGUUUCCCCUUCUGUAACGAUCAAAACACCAGAGUUAUCCCCUGUAGUUUCAGAAGUUAAAAACGUUGCAGAUAAUCCUAAAUGCCAAAUGAAUGGUGUUGUCAAAAAUAUUCCACCUAUAGAUGCACAGUCAGAAGGAGGGAUUACCAUCCAGAGCUUCAAAUGUCCAGUGUGCAGCAAAGAAUUUUCCACCCGCCUGCGUAUGGUGCGACAUAAACGUGUAGUGCACGCGGCGGAGCUGAAGCACAAGUGUACCGUGUGCGGAAAGCACUUUAAGCAGAAAGUGCAUCUCCAAAAUCACAUGCGCACUCACACAGGUGAACGGCCAUUCCAGUGCACAGACUGUGGGAAAGCCUAUAGGUCCAUUUCCAGUCUCAAAUGUCACCACCUCACCCACACUGGGGUAAAGCCAUAUAGAUGUGACUUCUGUGGAAAGGGUUUCACGCAGAAGUCUAAUCUGAAGCAGCAUCGGACCUUGCAUACUGGUGCCAGUCUGUUCCCUUGUGAAGUGUGCGGGAUGGAAUUCAACAGGGCUUCCAAAUUGACGUUACACCGACGCCUUCACACCGGAGCCUUAACUUACAAAUGUGCCGAGUGCAGCAAAUCCUUCAUGCGCAAGGAGUUGUUGGAGCUGCACCAGCUUGGCCAUCAGGGAAAAGAGCCGCUCCACUGCCGUCAUUGCGCUAUGGUUUUUGAAGAGGAUUCACAGCUUGCAGAACACAAGUGCCAUAGCAACAGGGAUGGACAAUAUGUGUGCCCCACCUGUGGUAAAAAGCUGAAUUCCAAAACAAGUUUAAUACUCCACUUAAUGGUGCAUUCAGAUCAGCGCCCUUUCAAAUGUCAGGUCUGUGGGAAGUGCUUUACAAGCCAGCGACAUGUUCAAAGGCACCAGCGAUGGCACUCUGCAAAACGGCCACAUAAGUGUGAAGUCUGUGGAAAAGCAUUCCUGGCCUCCUUUAAUUUGCGCCUUCAUCAGCGCAUUCAUACGGGAGAGCGUCCUUAUCCCUGCCCAGACUGUGGCAAAGCUUUCCGACAGGCCACGCACUUGCGGGAGCAUUAUCGACUGCACACUGGGGAGAGGCCCUAUCACUGCCAGGACUGUGGCAAGACAUUUGUCCAAUCUAUGCACCUGACAGAACACAGGCACCUCCACACGGGGGAACGUCCACACUCGUGUGCUGAAUGUGGCAAGUGCUUCAAGACCAUGUCCAACUUGCGCAGCCACCGCAAGAGACAUAAGGAAACUGUAGCUCAACCACAGCAGACAAUAAUGUGCACAGAGAUGGUGGAGACCAUAGCAAUAAUGGAAAGUGUCGAGACCAUUCCCCUUGUAGAGACCGUAGAAAUAUAUCAAACUGCUCUGGAAGGUAAUCUACAGGUAGAUGAUUUGACUGUACUGGAAGGCAGCCAGUGCAAUAUUAUUUCUAAUCCACUUUGUAAAUAAAACGUUUUCUCUUUUUGAUGUUGUUAAA